AUGGCGCUCUUGAAAAGGCUCGCAUUCGCCUGUGUGGCCCUGAAAUCCGUCGCUCGCGCCCAACUGCCGACAGGCAGCACGGAUGGGAUCACGUUUCUGACGGGGACGAACACGCUGGCGGUCACGGAAUCAACCCCCACGGGACCAUACCAGACCUUUUCCACUACUGUCACAUUUUCGACAACCGACUUGUCGUCUCUUCUAGACUCUGUCGACUCCAAUAGCACUGCCACAACCUCGUCGACCUCCAAGACAACCGUCACCUUCCUGACCGGCUCGGUCCGGUCGACGACAACUCUCACAGGAAACUUCUCGACUUCUACUUCGGCUGCCUCGUCGGCCCCCGAGCCGAUCAACACGACGCCAUGCAACAACUACCCCGAGUUCUGCGACCGCAAGUACGGCAAUAUCACCAUGGUGGCUUGCCACAACAGCCCCUUUACACGUCCCGGGAGUGCUGCCUCGAACCAGCAAUUCGAUGUCACCACCCAACUCAACGACGGGGUCCGCUUCCUGCAGGGCCAGAUCCAGUGGCCCGCCAAUGACACCGUUCCUCACUUCUGUCACACCAGCUGCGAUCUCCUCGACGCCGGCCCCAUCACCGAUUGGCUGGGCAAGGUGAAGGACUGGGUAGCUGCCCACCCGUACGACGUCGUGACCAUCCUUCUGGGCAACGGCAACUACUCAACCCCCGACCAUUACGUGCCGUACAUCGAAUCCACCGGCAUCCUGCAGCACAUUUACACGCCGCCGGUUCAGCCCAUGUCUCUCAAGGACUGGCCCACCCUCGCCUCCAUGAUCCUCCGGGGCCAGCGAGUGGUCAUGUUCCUCGACUACAUGGCGAAUCAGACGGCGUACCCCUGGCUGCUCGACCAGUUCAGCCAGAUGUGGGAGACGCCCUUUGACCCGACGGACCGUGAGUUCCCCUGUACAGUGCAGCGGCCGCCGGACCUCGCCCCGGAAAAGGCCCGAGACCGGCUGUACCUCAUGAACCACAACCUCAACGUCGAGGUUUCCCUGCUCGGCGCCUCGAUCCUCGUGCCCGACGUCAGCUCCCUGAACCAGACCAACAACGUCUCGGGCCUGGGGAGCCUGGGACUUGCCGCGAACAACUGUCGUUCCGACUGGGGCCGCGCCCCAUCCUUCUUGAACGUCGACUACUACAACUACGGAGGCUAUCCCGGCUCGGUCUUUGAGGUUGCCGCAUUAAUGAAUAAUGUCACAUAUAACAGGCCCUGCUGCGGCAUGAAUUCGAACGGGGCCGGCCGCCUGCAAUACCUGGGGUCUCUCCUCUUCGUUAGCUCAAGUUGGGUGGUUAUGUGGCUCCUGAUUUGA